AGCAAGUCCUUCUAGACCAAAAUGUUCAGACUCCUCCCCCAAGUCCUUUUUCAAUACAAGCCUUCAGUAAGGGAACAAGCUGUAGUAAUGGACAAGGGUUUGAUUAUGGCCUUGGAAAUAACAAAGGUGACCAACUGAGUGCCAUACUGAAUUCCAUUCAGUCACGGCCAAAUCUCCCAGCUCCUUCCAUCUUUGAUCAAGCUGCAAAACCUCCCUCUUCCCUAGUCCACAGUCCAUUUGUGUUCGGACAACCCCUUUCCUUCCAGCAGCCUCAGCCACAGCUUCAGAGUGACCGAAUGAAUUUCACAGGAGCUGCUAGACCGAUUUCUCCAGCAGGAAAAUCAGACAUGUCAUCAAAACACAGAGCUGACUGCAGGUCACCCAAGCUCGAUGUGCGAAUGAAUAGAGUUGCUGCCGACCAGAAGAAACCCCGGAACACGGAAGGCUUGUCUGCUAGUGAGUCUCUGAUUCUUAAAUCAGAUGCCGCAAAGUUGCGGUCAGACUCUCACAGCAGGUCUUUGUCUCCGAAUCAUAACACUUUGCAAACACUAAAAACCGAUGGAAGAACAACUACUGGUUUGAGAGCUGAAUCUCCAGGGCCAGGAACCCGGUCGUCUUCUCCAAAGACAAAGACACUUACAGCCGUUAGAUCUGGUGCUAGUUCUCCACGAUCCUCAUCACCCCAUGACAAAACUCUACCUCAGAAAGCUUCAUCCCCUGUAAAAACAAAGCUUGAUCCUCCUCGAGAACGAUCCAAAUCAGAUUCUUACACAUUAGAUCCAGACACCCUUCGCAAAAAGAAAGUACCACUAACGGAACCCUUAAGGGGGAGAUCCACAUCACCCAAACCCAAAAUUGUCGCAAAAGAUGGAAAACCUGUUACGGAAACUGAAAAUAGAGCUCCUUCCCCUCAUGUUGUACAGGAAAAUCUUCACAGUGAGGUUGUUGAAGUGUGUACUUCAAGUACUUUAAAGACCAACAGCAUUACAGAUACCACCUGUGAAGACAACACAGAAUUCAGAUGUGUGGAUGAUGCUUCUAAUAAAGUUCAUUUCAGCAUAGGAAAAGCACCGCUAAAAGAUGAGCAAGACAUGAGAGCAUCUCCAAAAGUGAGCCGUAAAUGUGCCGGCAGGCACACGAGACCCAAAAAGGAGAAAUCCAGCUUUCUUUUCAAAGGCGAUGGCUCUAAGCCUGUAGAGCCUGCCAAGCAAGCAAUGUCACCUUCUGUUGCAGAAUGUGCUAGAGCAGUGUUUGCUGCAUUUCUCUGGCAUGAAGGAAUAGUUCAUGAUGCUAUGGCUUGUUCAUCUUUUUUGAAGUUCAAUCCAGAACUGUCCAAAGAGCAUGCACCAAUAAGAAGCAGUCUCACUCAACAACCUGCAGAAGAAAAAGAAACCAAGUUGAAAAAUAGACAUUCGUUGGAGAUAUCGUCUGCUCUUAACAUGUUCAACAUCUCACCUCACGGACCAGAUAUAUCAAAGAUGGGUAGCAUCAAUAAAAACAAAGUCCUCUCCAUGUUAAAAGAACCACCCCUGCAUGAAAAGUGUGAGGAUGGAAAAACUGAAACUACCUCCUUUGAAACAUCCACUCAUCACACGAUGAAGUCCAAGUCUCCCCUUCCAUUAACACUGCAGCACUUGGUCGCUUUCUGGGAAGAUAUUUCCUUAGCAACUAUUAAAGCAGCUUCCCAAAACAUGAUUUUUCCAAGCCCUGGCUCCUGUGCAGUGCUAAAAAAGAAGGAAAGUGACAAAGAUAACAAGAAAACAAAAAAAGAGAAAAAGAAAAAAGAAAAGGUGGAGGCUAGGCCGAGAGGAAAUCUUUUCGGUGAGAUGGCUCAGCUUGCGGUGGGAGGACCUGAAAAAGACACCAUCUGUGAGUUGUGUGGAGAAUCCCAUCCGUAUCCAGUGACUUACCACAUGAGACAAGCUCAUCCAGGGUGUGGCCGCUACGCAGGUGGCCAAGGUUAUAAUAGCAUUGGGCACUUUUGUGGAGGAUGGGCUGGUAAUUGUGGCGAUGGUGGUAUUGGAGGAAGCACUUGGUAUUUGGUUUGCGAUCGAUGCAGAGAAAAAUAUCUCCGUGAAAAGCAAGCAGCAGCAAGAGAAAAGAUUAAACAAUCUAGGAGAAAACCAAUGCAAGUUAAGACUCCUCGUGCCUUGCCAACUAUGGAAGCUCAUCAAGUGAUUAAAGCCAACGCACUCUAUUUACUGUCACUGAGUAGUGCUGCUGAGCCCAGUAUCCUCUGCUAUCACCCUGCAAAAGCAUUCCAGUCUCAGCUUCCCAGUGUUAAAGAAGGCAUUUCUGAAGACUUUCCUAUUAAAAUGCCAUGUCUCUACCUACAGACUCUAGCAAGGCAUCAUCAUGAGAAUUUUGUUGGGUACCAGGAUGACAACCUCUUCCAGGAUGAGAUGAGGUAUCUGCGCUCAACUUCAGUACCUGCACCGUACAUCUCGGUCACUCCUGAUGCGAGCCCUAAUGUCUUUGAAGAGCCGGAGAGUAACAUGAAAUCUAUGCCCCCAAGUUUGGAAACCAGUCCAAUAACAGAUACAGAUCUUGCGAAGCGUACAGUUUUUCAAAGAUCCUAUUCAGUUGUUGCAUCAGAAUAUGACAAGCAGCACUCGAUUUUGCCAGCCCGUGUAAAGGCAAUUCCUAGGAGACGAGUCAACAGUGGAGAUGCGGUGGGGUCCUCUCUCCUGAGACAUCCAUCUCCUGAACUUUCUCGGUUAAUCUCCGCCCACAGCUCUCUUUCCAAAGGAGAGAGAAAUUUCCAGUGGCCAGUAUUGGCAUUUGUAAUCCAGCAUCAUGAUCUAGAAGGACUUGAAAUAGCAAUGAAACAAGCCCUACGGAAAUCUGCUUGCCGAGUCUUUGCCAUGGAGGCUUUCAACUGGCUUCUUUGUAAUGUCAUUCAAACAACUUCUCUUCAUGAUAUUUUAUGGCAUUUUGUGGCUUCCCUGACUCCUGCACCUGUGGAGCCUGAAGAAGAGGAGGAUGAAGAAAAUAAAUCAAAUAAAGAAAAUGCAGAACAAGAAAAAGACACAAGGGUAUGUGAGCAUCCUCUGUCGGAUAUAGUGAUUGCUGGCGAAGCAGCUCACCCAUUACCCCACACUUUUCAUCGCCUUCUCCAGACAAUCUCUGAUCUGAUGAUGUCUCUUCCCAGUGGUAGUGCAUUACAGCAAAUGGCCUUAAGGUGCUGGAGUCUCAAAUUCAAACAAUCUGAUCAUCAGUUCCUGCACCAGAGCAAUGUGUUUCAUCAUAUCAACAAUAUUUUGUCCAAAUCUGAUGAUGGAGAUAGUGAAGAGAGUUUUAGCAUCAGUGUUCAAUCUGGUUUUGAAGUCAUGAAUCAGGAACUGUGUAUAGUGGUCUGUCUAAAAGACCUGACCAGCAUCGUUGACAUUAAAACAUCGAGCCGACCUGCCAUGAUUGGAAGUUUAACAGAUGGGUCUACGGAAACGUUCUGGGAGUCAGGAGAUGAAGAUAAAAACAAAACUAAAAACAUCACCAUUAACUGUGUGAAAGGAAUCAAUGCACGUUACGUGUGUGUUCAUGUAGACAAUUCCAGAGAUCUUGGGAACAAAGUGACUUCAAUGACGUUCCUAACUGGCAAAGCAGUAGAAGAUCUUUGCAGAAUAAAGCAGGUAGACUUGGAUUCAAGACAUAUUGGCUGGGUAACAAGUGAACUUCCUGGAGGCGAUAAUCACAUCAUCAAAAUUGAAUUGAAGGGUCCAGAGAACACACUGAGAGUUCGACAAGUGAAAAUACUUGGAUGGAAAGAUGGUGAAAGCAUUAAAAUAGCAGGACAGAUUUCUGCAAGUGUAGCUCAACAAAGAAACUGUGAAUCUGAGACGCUGCGAGUGUUCCGGCUUAUUACAUCCCAGGUGUUUGGAAAACUAAUUUCUGGAGAUGCUGAGCCAACCCCAGAACAAGAAGAAAAAGCACUGUUGUCUUCCCCAGAAGGAGAAGAAAAAGCAACAUCAGAUGCAGACCUGAAGGAGCACAUGGUAGGGAUCAUAUUCAGCCGGAGCAAACUGACCAAUCUGCAGAAGCAGGUAUGUGCUCAUAUAGUCCAGGCCAUACGGAUGGAAGCGACGCGCGUGCGUGAGGAGUGGGAGCACGCCAUCUCCAGCAAAGAGAACGCCAACUCGCAGCCCAAUGAUGAAGAUGCUUCUUCUGACGCUUAUUGCUUCGAGCUCCUGUCGAUGGUUCUGGCCUUGAGCGGUUCCAACGUCGGCCGGCAGUAUCUGGCUCAGCAGCUGACCCUGCUCCAGGAUCUCUUCUCUUUGCUACACACGGCUUCUCCCCGGGUGCAGAGACAGGUAACAUCAUUACUACGACGUGUUUUGCCUGAGGUAACUCCUAGUCGCCUGGCAAGUAUUAUAGGGGUGAAGUCUCUUCCACCAGCAGAUAUAAGUGAUAUCAUACACUCAACGGAAAAAGGAGAUUGGAAUAAACUAGGUAUCUUAGACAUGUUUUUGGGAUGCAUUGCCAAAGCUCUCACUGUACAGCUAAAAGCCAAAGGAACCACUAUAACAGGGACAGCUGGCACUACUGCAGGCAAAGGAGUUACUACAGUCACACUUCCAAUGAUCUUCAAUUCCAGCUACAUUCGGCGAGGCGAAAGCCAUUGGUGGAUGAAGGGUUCAACGCCUACACAGAUUUCAGAGAUCAUUAUUAAGCUUGUUAAAGACAUGGCAGCAGGUCAUCUGUCAGAAGCUUGGUCCCGCGUGACAAAGAAUGCUAUUGCUGAAACCAUCAUAGCUCUAACCAAAAUGGAAGAAGAGUACAGGUCACCAGUGAGGUGCAUUGCAACAACCAGACUAUGGCUGGCCUUAGCAUCCCUCUGUGUACUUGAUCAGGAUCAUGUUGAUAGACUAUCCUCAGGAAGAUGGAUGGGAAAGGACGGACAACAGAAGCAGAUGCCCAUGUGUGAUAACCACGAUGAUGGUGAAACUGCCGCGAUCAUUUUAUGUAACAUCUGUGGGAAUUUGUGUACAGAUUGUGACCGAUUCCUUCAUCUCCAUCGGCGAACAAAAACUCACCAGAGACAGGUAUUUAAAGAAGAAGAAGAAGCUAUCAAAGUUGAUCUCCACGAGGGCUGUGGAAGGACCAAACUUUUCUGGCUGAUGGCCUUAGCAGAUUCUAAAACUAUGAAGGCUAUGGUGGAGUUUAGGGAACAGACAGGCAAACCAACCACCAGCAGUUCGGAAGCGUGUCGUUUCUGUGGAUGUAGGAGUGGAACAGAAUUAUCAGCAGUGGGAAGCGUUUGUUCUGAUACAGAUUGCCAGGAGUAUGCUAAAAUUGCCUGCAGCAAGACACACCCCUGUGGUCACCCAUGUGGAGGCGUUAAGAACGAAGAGCACUGUUUGCCGUGCUUGCAUGGCUGCGAUAAGAACGCAACGACUCUUAAACAAGAUGCUGAUGACAUGUGCAUGAUCUGCUUUACCGAAGCACUUUCAGCAGCACCAGCUAUCCAGCUGGACUGCAGCCAUGUUUUCCACUUGCAAUGCUGUCAGCGCGUACUAGAGAACAGAUGGCUUGGGCCAAGGAUAACUUUUGGGUUUAUGUCCUGCCCUAUUUGCAAGAACAAAAUCAAUCAUACAGUAUUAAAGGAUUUGCUUGAUCCAAUCAAAGAACUCUAUGAAGAUGUAAGGAGGAAAGCGUUAAUGAGAUUGGAGUAUGAAGGGCUGCACAAGAGCGAGGCCAUCACAACACCAGGUGUUCGAUUUUAUAAUGACCCAGCUGGCUAUGCCAUGAACAGAUACGCUUAUUAUGUUUGCUACAAGUGCAAGAAGGCGUAUUUUGGUGGCGAAGCUCGUUGUGAUGCUGAGGCUGGACAAGGAGAUGACUAUGAUCCAAGAGAGCUUAUUUGUGGUGCAUGCUCUGAUGUUUCAAGGGCUCAGAUGUGUCCCAAACACGGUACGGAUUUCUUAGAGUACAAAUGCCGCUACUGCUGUUCAGUUGCUGUUUUUUUCUGUUUUGGGACAACGCAUUUUUGCAAUGCUUGCCAUGAUGAUUUCCAAAGAAUGACAAGCAUCCCUAAAGAAGAACUCCCACACUGUCCUGCAGGUCCCAAAGGUAAACAACUUGAAGGAACAGAAUGUCCACUUCAUGUUGUCCAUCCACCCACCGGUGAAGAAUUUGCUCUGGGUUGUGGGGUUUGCAGAAAUGCUCACACUUUUUAGACUAGCUUUUUUUUUUUUACCAGAGCAAAACCCUCAUCCCUUAAGUGUCCUGAAAACAAAAUCCAGCUGGGAUGAGGAUGGGACCAUUUCAUAACCCAGGUAAAAGGAACAAUUUACAGUGCAAGAAGGAUGCCAAAUACCAUGUACAUAAUUCUUGCUGUGAGAUAUUGACUUUUUUUUGAACUGAGACAUCAAAACUUGUGAGGUGUUUGCAUGUGGCCAUUACAGUCAUUGGCUAGGAAACAUUGGACAUUUACAAAUAAAUAAUUGCUAUUAAAGGAUCUGUGUGUCUGUGGACUAUGAAUGACGCUGGCUUUCAGGAGAAAGAAAAAAAAUAUUGAUUAUUGUAUACUGACUUUUUGUAAUCUUGUACAAUUGUAACGCAUCACAAGUGGGGAUGGGAAAAAGGAAUAUUCUGGUUUAUUUCCUAGACUGUUAUAAAAAAAAAAAUUGUGUUAGGAAGGCAUAAAUGUAACAAGUAUCACGCUGUAUAUAAAGGUAUCAAUGUUUGUCCUGUAUAAGAAUUAUUAAAUUACAACAGCAGUUUCAUUUAAACUUCUGGGUUAUGUUUGAGCCUGAAAUUUUAAUGAAGUGCAAUACUGAGUGUGCCUCAUAUCUUGCAGCUGUAAACAUAAUGGAAUGUACAUGUCAAUAAAGCCACUGUACAUUUUUAUACAGUGAAA